AUGGCACAGGCUCAACGUUUGGGGAAGAGAUACGUUAAAGCUUUUUUAAAAGGUUUCUUUGUUGCUGUUCCAGUAACCGUGACUUUCCUGGAUAGAUUUGCCUGUGUAGCACGGGUGGAAGGAGCAUCAAUGCAGCCUUCUUUGAAUCCUGGGGGAAGACAAGCAUCUGAUGUAGUGCUCUUAAACCACUGGAGCGUUCGAAAUUAUGAUGUACAACGUGGGGACAUUGUGUCACUGGUGUAA